GCCUGGGAGCCGCGGCGAGUGGACGCCACCCGGGCCCGGGAGCCGCGCCCGCAGGUGUUUUGAGGCCUGGUGAAAGGUGCAGCCUGGAAGGAUGGUUCGGAUCUUGGCCAAUGGGGAAAUUGUGCAGGAUGAUGACCCCCGCGUGAGGAAUACUACCCAGCCGCGCAGUAGCACUCCUCGACAGAGCUUUCUCAAUAGGGGCCACGGUGCCUCCCUGGGGGGUCCCGGCCCCCGCCAGCAGCAGGCAGGCGCCAGGCUGGGUGCCGCCCAGUCCCCCUUCAAUGACCUCAACCGGCAGCUGGUGAAUAUGGGCUUCCCACAGUGGCAUCUGGGCAACCACGCCGUGGAGCCGGUGACCUCCAUCCUGCUGCUCUUCCUGCUCAUGAUGCUCGGCGUGCGCGGGCUCCUGCUGGUGGGCCUCGUCUACCUGGUGUCCCACCUGAGUCAGCGGUGACCUCCAGGGGCUGCUGGGGGGCAGGU